AUGGACCAGUCGACCAACCAGGAUGCGCAGUCAGGAAACCCGCGGCCCGGGCACCGCGACAUGAUGUUUUGCCACGAGUGCGCCGACGAGUGGUAUCGAGACGAACACGGCCUCUCGUGUCCAGAAUGCGGCUCCGACUUCACCGAGAUUAUCGAAGAUAACAACGACCCAAGAGAUGCUGCCCCCGGGAUGUUUGGCCAUGACGGCGACGACUCCGACUCCCUCCCUGAUCUCGAGCAUGCCCCACCACAAUUAAACCCUCACCACAACCCAUGGCAGACCGACGACCCGGAGGAGGGCGACAUUAGCAAUGUUAGAUUCACAGAAACUGGCCCGGGAAGGUACAAUCUGCAGGCUACCGUUACACGAUCCGUAUCGCCCCAGGGCGGCAUGGCGGUGCCUGGGUCAAUAGGAGGAUUCAUGGCCAUGUUGAACGGGCUCACCGGGGCAGCAAUGCGACCACAAGGGCAACAACCGGGUCAAGGGGAGGGACUGUACACUGGCACUGGACCAAGCACAGGGCCAAACCAGUCUGCUUUCCAGGAAGCUCAAAACCAGGGCCAUGAAGGAGGGCCUCAGAUCCGCGGAGGAAGCUUCACGUACCACGGUGGCGCUCGACUGUUCCCCGGCAAUGGAAACCACCCAGGCCAGGCCGAGCCUGUGGAUGAGAUCACCAAUGUCAUGACUGGCCUCAUGGCUGCCUUUGGAGCACCACCUCCUCGCGUCCACGCCCACAACCACCCACUCGGCGGCGCUGAGGGUACUUUCCGCGGCGAACACAACCAUGGCGCUGGCGAGCAGUUCGCGGGUCACCCUAUCCUACAACUAUUCUCCUCUAUGGGUAUGAUGGGCGGCCACGCUGGCAACAUGGGAGAUUUUGUCUACUCUCAAGAAGGCCUAGACCGCAUCGUCUCCCAACUCAUGGAGCAAACCUCGACGAGCAACGCGCCCGGUCCGGCAACACAAGCCGACAUCGAUAAACUCCCGCGUACCCACAUCACCGAAGAGAUGCUAGGCGACGAACACAAGGCUGAAUGCAGUAUAUGCAUGGACGAGGUCAACAUCGGCGAGCAGGUGACGCUACUGCCAUGCAAGCACUGGUUCCACCACCCAUGUGUCUCCGCGUGGCUGCUCGAGCACGACACCUGUCCACAUUGUCGAAAGGGUAUUACCAAGGGUGGCGAGGGCCAGGCGAACAACCCUGCGUCUGCAGACUCACAGACGGAUCGUACGUCCCAGAUGCCGGGUUCCUUCACUCCUUCCGGCUCGGGCACGUUCAAUGAUCCCUACGUCGUUCCCGCAGGAUCCCCACCCCCACCGUCCAACGGUCAAGGCAGCUCGUCUGAUAACGCAAAUGCAGGCUCGGGCAACGGUGGCAUCAGUGACCGGAUACGCAGGGGUCUGUUUGGAUCUCCGCAAUAG